UCCAUCCUCAUCGCCAUCGUCAUCACCGCGCUCUACUCCGUGGUGUGCGUGGUGGGGCUGCUGGGCAACGUCCUGGUCAUGUACGGCAUCGUCAGGUACACCAAGAUGAAGACAGCCACCAACAUCUACAUCUUCAACCUGGCCCUGGCAGACGCGCUGGCCACCAGCACGCUGCCCUUCCAGAGUGCCAAGUACCUGAUGGAGACCUGGCCCUUCGGGGAGCUGCUCUGCAAAGUCGUGCUCUCCAUUGACUACUACAACAUGUUCACCAGUAUCUUCACCCUCACCAUGAUGAGUGUGGACCGCUACGUCGCCGUGUGCCACCCGGUUAAGGCCCUGGACUUCCGCACGCCGGCCAAGGCCAAGAUCAUCAAUGUCGGCAUCUGGGUGCUCUCCUCCCUCAUUGGGGUGCCCAUCAUGGCCAUGGCGGUCACCAAGUCAAAAGACGGGAUGGUGCUGUGCACGCUCCAGUUUCCGGAUCCUCCCAUCUACUGGGACACCGUGACCAAGAUCUGCGUCUUCAUCUUCGCCUUCAUGGUCCCCAUCUUGGUCAUCACCAUCUGCUACGGGCUGAUGAUCCUUCUGAGCGUCCGCCUCCUCUCGGGCUCCAAGGAGAAAGACCGCAACCUGCGGCGCAUCACGCGCAUGGUACUGGUGGUGGUGGCAGCCUUCAUCAUCCCCUGGCCGCCCAUCCACAUCUUCGUCAUCGUCUGGACGCUGGUGGACAUAGAUAAGAAGAACCCCUACGUGGUGGCCAGCCUGCAUUUCUGCAUCGCCCUGGGUUAUACCAACAGCAGCCUCAACCCCGUCCUUUAUGCUUUCCUGGAUGAAAAUUUCAAGAGGUGCUUCCGAGAGUUUUGCCUGCCUUUCCGAGCCCGCGUGGACCAAAACAGCUUCUCCCGCACCAGAAACACCACGCGGGAGCACGUCUCCACCUGCACCCCUUCUGAAGCCCGCAACAAGCCGGCAUGACUAGACGUGGGCAGCCUCCAGCGGGGCUGCC